CUUACCAUGUAGUGUUGUGUUAGGUUAUCUUCAUUGGAGGUCGUACACAACCUGGAACAAUUAAACCCGAUGAAGGGGAUCGCCAUCCUUACUCUGUAAUUGAGUGUGAACCUACACAUGAAGUCAUUUUGCCAUCUGUCAUCUAUGUACAGAAGAUAUUGAGGAGAAGACCGUUUCUUAUAAAGAACCUUGAAAAUGUCAUGCGAAAAAUGUUGCAGUCACUGGAGCUCUUCGAGGAAAAUGAAAGGAAGAAGCUCGCAAUAUUUACAGCCCUUGCCUUUUCCCAGAAGCUAUCAGGCCUUCCUCCGGAGACUGUUCUCCAGCCAUUGCUCAAAGACAACCUUGUUGCCAAAGGGAUAGUUCUAGCUUUUAUCACAGACUUUUUCAAGGAAUAUCUGAUUGACAACAGUCUUGAUGAUUUGAUCUCAAUCCUUAAGAGGGGUAAGAUGGAGGACGAUCUUCUUGAGUUCUUCCCCUCUGCAAAGAGGACACCUGAAGCUGUCUCUGAGCAUUUCACCAAUGCUGGCCUUUUGCCUUUGGUUGAAUAUAAUGAUAAGAAAAUAUUUGAGGUGAAGCUCAAGGAAAUGAAGUCUGCAUUAACAACUCAGCUAGCAGAAGAAGCUGCUAUCUCUGAAGUCAUAGAGACUGUGAAGCAACAUGUCAAAGAUGCCAAAUUGCCAGAUAUAGAAGUUGUGCGAAUUUUGUGGGAUGUAUUGAUGGAUGCUAUUCAAUGGUCAGGAAAGAAUCAACAGCAGAACACUAAUUCAGCUCUUCGCCAGGUGAAAAAAUGGGCAGAACUGUUGAAUACUUUCUGCACCUCUGGAAAGCUUGAAUUGGAACUAAUGUACAAAGUCCAAGUCCAGUGCUACGAGGAUGCUAAACUGAUGAAGUUGUUCCCUGAAAUUGUAAGGUCUCUCUAUGACCAAGAUGUGCUGGCAGAAGAUACCAUUCUUCAUUGGUUCCGUAAAGGAACAAACCUUAAGGGCAGGCAAAACUUUGUCAAGUCGCUGGAGCCCUUUGUGAAAUGGCUGGAGGAGGCGGAGGAAGAGGAAUGAAUUUCUUGUCAUACUGCAUCUCCGGUGCAGCUUGACCGUAUCUGAAACGUCUUUUUCCUGAUGAGUAAUUAUAUUCCCCUUGAGGACUGAAUGAAUAAGACUUCUGAAUAUUCACACCAAUUGACAGUUUGUUAUGCUGCUGAUGUUAUGAAUUUCAUCUGUAUGAGUUUGCUUCCUUGGAUCUUUAUAUUCAUAUAUUCGUAUGCAUCUGUCUUGUUUUC